AGAUUAACCUGACAGAGGGAGUCGAGCUUUAAAACAGUGCGGCGGUCAGAGCAGACACGCAGAGCCUGAGUGAGGAGUGAGGCAGACCCUCAGAGAGAGAGAAAGAGACAGAGAGAGAGAAAGUGAGAGAGAGAAAAAGAGGAAGCACACUUUCACUCUUGUGUUCAUACAGACGUGUCCUGACAGCCGUGCUUGUAGCUGUAGGGCUUUGGCUAUUGAUGUUCACGGAAGCUUUUUUUUAAUGUCUUCAUCAACAGGACUGAACCCUAUAUAGUGCAGCCCAGCUACGUGAAACUUUUCCAAGCAUCAGCAGGAUUCCUAAUAGCUCGGUGGGAACAACUGAGGACUUCCUUGCAGUGGAUCUAAGAGGUGGUACUGUGCAAAAGAACUAAGAAGAAGAGGAAGCAGAGGAAGAAGAGGAAGCAGAGGAAGAAGAAGGACAAGAAGCAACUGACUGUUGGCUGUAGCAUCCAGGGGUUACAUCUCGGGUUCUCCAGGUGAAGGUGAAAAGAGAGGGGAGGGGAACUUCAGCAAGAGUGGGGAUCAUGGAUGCCGGACCUAUGACUUCUGUGAGCGGUGAUGGCGUGAGCCUGGGUGAUGGCGGCAACGGCGGCGGAGGGGAGACGGUGUGCGCGGCACUGGCCCGCUACGAGAACACGCUCCGCGACGCCGUGCGGGAGAUCCACGUGGACGUGAGCGCCUUCAAGCUGGGCGUGGAGCGGCGGCUGGAGGAGGCCCUGCACGUCAGCGGGCCGCUGGGAUGCGCCGUAGCCCAGCUGCAGCAGGAGAACCGGCAGCUCCGCAGCCAGCUGGAGGCGCUCACGCGGCAGGUGGAGAUGCUCACCUGCACCCCCUGCGACCGCAGCGCCCUCCUCGGACCCGGCUCGGGGCUCCAGCACCAGCAGAUGCCCGGAGGAAGUGGCGUUGGUGGUGGUGGUGGUAGCAGCAGCACGGGUCACCAGAUGCACGGCAGUAGCAGCGGCGGCGGCGGCAGCAGUGGCACCGGUAACCCCCAGAGUCCCUCAGCGGGGGGGCCGAGCUCCCCAUGCGCGGGCGCCACAGGGUCGGCUAGCGGACUGGCCUCCAGCCCCACCGCCAUUCGCUUCUCCAGUCGAGCUACCUUCGCAGUGUCCAGCAAGACCAACAGUAUCGAGAGAGAGGAGCCCAUUGAAGUAGAUCAAGCCCCCACAACCACAGGCUUGGAAAAUGGCCACACACCAAUGUCAGAAAGCACCCCAAUGGCCGAGAGGGAGAGCUCUCCGCCUGGCCGUGACUUCCGUGCUCCGCGUCCGAUGGCCAUGCCCCACCUGCCCAUCACGGCCACCACCAAGACCGCAGACCCAUCCGCCUCCGCUGUCAUGAGGAGCCCUGACUCCCCCAGUAGCCCCACCAUGCGUUCUCUGCCCUCCUCCAUCGCAGACCUGCAGUCCUACAGCGACCACCACCACCACACCGCCAUGGACAACCAGCCACUCGCCAUGACGGAGUCGCCCGUUCACCAAGCCCCUACUGUGAAGACGUGGAGUCCUAGCCCCAUCAGGACAAUGGGAUCCCCUCGGUUAUCAGAAAGAACAGCCUCCGCACCUGCAAAAUCUGUGACAUAUUCAGGACUAGCCCAGCAACACAAUGACAGAGGUCAGGAUGGAAAUGGGGACACCCCCUUCAGCCGGGUCCCAGAGCGGAGGCGUGAACUAGUGAGGUCACAGACGCUGCCACGGAACAUUGGAGCCCAAGCACGGCGCUCCAUCUUCGAGAGGCUCGACUCUGAAAAUAACAGGCCCAAACCAGUUGACUCGAAGCCUAAACUUAAACGCUCUCAAAGCUUUGGCGUGUCAAGUGCCAGCAGCAUCAAGGCAAUCCUGCUAGAGUGGUGCCGCUCCAAAACCAUUGGAUACCAGAACAUCGACAUCCAGAACUUCUCGUCCAGCUGGAGUGAUGGUAUGGCCUUCUGCGCUCUUGUCCAUUCCUUCUUCCCCACCGAGUUCGACUACAAUGUGCUGACACCUACUGAACGCAAGCACAACUUCGAGAUGGCUUUUGGCAUUGCAGAGGCAAAGGCUGGCUGUGAUCGGCUCAUCGAAGUGGAGGACAUGAUGGUGAUGGGCCGCAAACCAGACCCCAUGUGCGUCUUCACAUACGUCCAGUCCCUUUACAAUCACCUGCGCAAGUUUGAAUGAACUUCAACUCACCAAGUUGUUGGUAGAGUAGUGUAGUAUCCUCCACCGAUAAUCUGAUGGACUGUUCACCAAGAGAUCAAGAAGGAACAACACUGCCCCCUUGAGGAUGAAACUGUCUCCUACAACGCAUUGUGAUCGGAAGCCCACUGCAGAUCGAAAGCAGUGAUGGGGCACCUGGACUUGACAGCUCUAAUCCGGUGCCACAUAUUCCAAAAUACAUGGUUUCACCUGUCCAAAAUAGGUCAACUGGGACAGGUAAAAGUAGGUCAUUUGGAAUAUGUGACACAGGAUUGUAACUUCUGAGUCCAGUCGCUGGAUGGAAGGUUCUUCCACAGCAAGUAAAACAAACAAAUGGGCUUGUGACUGUUAAGAGUUUGUUUGAGCAGCAUGCGAUGGAGGAGCGUUGCUGCAAGGCUACUCAUUGCCACUGUGUGCUAAUUGUGCCUUAUGCAUCAUGAUAUUGAGUGAUGCUUCCAAUCACCACCAAUUAGGUGGUCUUGAAGAGCUUCUUUAGGUUUUUUUUUCUUUUUCAAAGUUUGUAUCACUUUUCUAUCUGUGGUGUGUGAAGAGAAUUCUAUUUAUCUGUAUGUUGUGAGCAGCCUGUAACCUGUACUUUCUGCCUCCACCACGCGUUUUUAAAGCUCUGAACAGAUGUUAUCUCCCACCACGCCUACACAGACUGCAGCGGAUGACCAGUUUGACAAUUUGUCUAUUUUCUGACUGAGUAAAGAAACACUUGGAUAGUGUGAUGUUUCGUUUUGCCUUUCUGAUGAACAAUAAAGGUUUACAAUAAAUCCUCCAAUGAUACAGAAGUUCUUUUCAAGCUCUCCUGAGCAGGGGCGAUUCUAGACCAAAAUGACCAGGGGGCCGAGGUGGAGCCAUUCUUUUUUCAGGGGGCACAUCCAUUU